AUGCUAGCCGGCGACCCUUCUAAAUCCUCCUUCGCCUGCCCCGGCACAAACACCGCAGAAAUCAACAAUCUCCCUCCAUACAACUGUCCCAAUGGCCUACGAGCACAAGUCUUCUUCCCAAGCUGCUGGAAUGUCAAAGACCUCGACACUCCGGACCACAUAUCACACAUGAGCUAUCCUCUCAGUGAAACCUACAACUCGGUCCUCUACGACACUUCACGCUUCCAGGAUGAAUGGUUCGACGAGCACCACCCUUUUGUCUUUGCAAAUGGUGACCCGACUAGCUAUGGUUUCCAUGGCGACUUUAUAAAUGGCUGGGACGUGGCCGUGCUGCAGAACGCAAUCGACACCUGCCCCGACAACUCCGGCGCCGUGGAAAACUGUAGAGCAGUAACCAUGUUCACCCCCGAACAAUGCAACGCCUGUAAAAUUCCCACCACGGUCAGAGAAGAAACAGCCGGGAUGUUGGACAAGUUACCAGGUCGCAAUCCCGUUACGCCGGGCCCAGAUCCAGCGCCCUAUUUACCGUGCUCAGACGACACGGUCGCACUUGGUCAUUGGACAACAAACUUCAUCGAUCUGACCGCAGAGGGCUGGGCGUACCUAGGCUGCGGAACAGACGACGUUGCAAAUCGUGCAUUGCCUGCUCCAAACGCGUGGACAUAUAACCCCAACAUGACAGUCGAGUCAUGCAUCACGCACUGCACUGCCUCGUCCUCGUCCAAAUCAUUUACCUACGCGGCGCUAGAAAACGGCAACGAGUGUUUCUGUGGCCCAGGAUUGAGCGGGAACCAUGCACCGCAGAACGGGCAUCAUGGGUUCGUGCACAAUGAAGUGUACUGGUGGUCAAAGCCAGAUUUGUGGUGCGGCGGGAGCGAUGAGUGUGUAUCGGAAGUGUGA